AUGUCGAACGGUAGUUUUCUUUCGAGGAUCCUUCCAUCCUCUGAGGCAUUCCAAAGUAAAGAUGCGUUCAUAAAUGCUAUUCGUGUCGAAGACACUCUCGUCGUCGGUGAUAAUAAGUAUGUUGACGCCGACUCAAAAUUCCUAAAUCAAGAUUUGGAGCCCACUCCACCGGAGAAGAGAACAUGGGACACUUGGACAUACAUACUGUUGUAUACUGGAAUUUCAUUCGGAAAUUGGAACCUUGGAUCGACAAUGGUUGGCAUCGGUCUCAACUGGUGGCAGGCGAUCAUAGUCAUAUUUGUUUCCCAACUCAUUUCGUCCAUUGCGAUGGCCUUCAACUCGCGUGCAGCAACAAUGUACCACAUUGGAUAUCCCGCCGUGGCCCGGGCCGUCUUCGGAAUGUAUGGUAGCUACUACUUUGUGGCCGCCAGAGCUGCCCUGGCAAUCAUUUGGUUUGGUGUUCAGCUAUACACUGGCUCAUCCUAUCUUUCCAACAUGAUGCGCGCUAUCUUUGGCAGUCACUUUGAGAAUAUUCCAAACCAUAUCCCUGAAUCGAUGGGUAUCACAACCAAGGGCAUGCUAUGCUUCUUUCUUUUCUGGCUCAUCCACUUCAUCUUCUGUUUCUUCCGACCUUAUCAACUGAAGAAGUUUUUCUGGUUCAAAGGCUUCGUCAUGGUUCCUGGUAUUGUGGGCGUCUUUAUCUACUGCAUGAUCGCUUGCCACGGUAAUGUCAGCGGCUCACUACCGACUUCCACGGGUGGAUCACUUGGCUGGUUCAUCAUGCACGCGAUCAACAGCGGGAUGGGAAAUACCGCUACGCUGAUCACAAAUCAACCGGACAUUGCUCGUUGGAGUACUAGCAAGAACGCAGCUAUCACAUCUCAGCUCUUUGUCCAACCAAUCGCUGUAACCCUCUCGGCGACAUUCGGUAUCUUGGCGACAGCCGGUAUCAACAGACAAUGGGGCUUGGAGCUGUGGAACCCCUGGGACCUGCUCGAUGAGAUUCAAACGCGCAACAACCACCCCGGCGCCAGAUUCGCGAUCUUCCUUGCGGCAUUCUGCUGGAUGAUUGGCAUUCUUGGAACGAAUAUCGCCUGUAACAUGAUCCCGUUCGGAUCCGAUUCCGCUCUUCUUGUCCCCCGCUUCAUCGAUAUGCGUCGCGGAUUUUUCAUUGUGGAGUUUCUUGCUUACGCCAUUGUGCCCUGGAAAAUUAUGGCAUCCGCCGCAACCUUCACAACGUUUCUGUCCGGAUAUGGCCUGUUCAUGGCGAGUGUUGUGGCAAUCAUGAUUGCCGAUUAUUUCAUUCUAUCUCGGGGCAACAUAUUCGUUUCGCAUCUUUACAAUCCCACAAAGUCGAACCCGCAUUACCGGUACACUGGAGGUUUCAAUAUUCAAGCUAUCAUUGCUUACCUAGUCGGUAUUGCCUUGCCUUUCCCUGGCUUCGCAGUGUCUCUUGGUGCGAGCGGAUUGAACCAAUCAGCCACAGACAUGUUUGACCUAGGUUGGCUUCUGUCUUUUUUCACCUCUUUGAUUCUCUACCCACUCAUCUGCUGGGUCUGGCCGACGGAGAACCAGAAAAUUAUUCGAGAACAGCGAUUAGCUUGGGAGCAACAAGCAAAGAUGUAUUUGGGGUCGAAUCCCUCCGAUGGUGCCCUUGAGGUGGUACAGGUUGUCGAGGACAAGUCGCAAGGGAGCGAAAAACAAGUAUCGCUGUGA